GCGGGGCCGGGCCGGGCCUGCGCCGCCGGUGGAGCCGCCUCGGGAACGGGAGCGGGGACGGGGACGGGGACGGGGGCGGCGGGGGGCGACAGCAGCCGGGGCCCGGCCCGCGCCCUUCGGCCCGGUACGCGCCCGGUGCCCGGUGCCCAUGGCCGGCCGGGAGCAGCCCCCGGAGCAGCCCCCGGUGGCGGCGGCGGCCCCCCCCGGCCCCGCCGAGCCCCGCUACGAGCCGGUGGCCCCGCACUGGUUCUACCGCAAGGCCGCCGAGCCCCGGGAGCGCUGGGUGCCCUUCAGCGCGCAGGACUCGGCCCGGCUGGAGGAGGCGCACGGUGCAGGAAGAGAGAAAGAAGCCGUGGUUGUCCCGACGUCGGGGGGUCGGUACGACGUUCACCUGAAGCAGAGGCAGCGCGUGGCGGUGUACUGGGAGGAGGAGGUGUCCGAGGUGCGCCGCUGCACCUGGUUUUACAAGGGAGACAAGGACAACAAGUACAUUCCCUACUCGGAGGCCUUCAGCGAGGAGCUGGAGGAAGCUUACAUGAUUGCUGUAACCCUGGACGAGUGGAAGAAGAAACUGGAGUCCCCUAGCAGGGAGAUCAUCAUCUUGCACAACCCAAAGCUGAUGGUGCACUACCACCCGGUUGCCACCUCUGAUGAUUGGGGCUCAACUCCUACAGAACAAGGUCGGCCUCGGACUGUGAAGAGAGGAGUAGAAAACAUCGCCGUUGAGAUCCCCAACGGAGAGCCUCUGCAGAUCGAUCACCUGGUGUUCGUGGUGCACGGCAUCGGCCCAGCCUGCGACAUUCGGUUCAGAAGCAUCGUCCAGUGUGUGAACGACUUCAGGAACGUUUCCCUGAGCAUGCUGCAAGCACACUUCAAGAAAGCCCAGGAGCAGCAGCAGAUCGGCCGCGUGGAGUUCCUGCCCGUGAACUGGCACAGCUCCCUCCACUCCACCGGGGUGGACGUGGACCUGGAGCGAAUCACUUUGCCAAGCAUCAAUCGCCUGCGUCACUUCAUCAACGACACCAUCCUGGACGUUUUCUUCUACAACAGCUCCACCUAUUGCCAGACCAUCGUGGACACGGUGGCGUCCGAAAUGAACCGCCUCUACCAGCUCUUCCUGCAGAGGAACCCCCACUUCAAAGGGGGGGUCUCCAUCGCGGGUCACAGCUUGGGGUCACUAAUUCUGUUUGAUCUCCUGACGAACCAGAAGGCUGCUCCCGAGGAGGACGAGCAGAGCAGAGAGGGCUCCAGGACAGCCUCGAGCAACACAGGCAUUGAGGAAUUAAAAGAAAUUCUGGAGAAGCUGGAGCUGUCUGAAUACUGCGAUGUUUUUGAGAAGGAGAAAAUGGACAGGGAAGCACUGUUCUUGUGCACAGAGGAAAACCUUAAAGAAGUGGGAAUUCCCUUAGGACCAAGAAUGAAGAUCCUCAAUUACAUCAGCUCCAAGAAGGAGAGGCAGGGCGCCAGCGAGCGGGGCGCAGCAGCGCCUGGGCACAGCGGGCAGGCUGGCCCCGAUGGCACAAGUGACAGCAGGGACUGCCAGUACAGGGACAUCGGCUUGGGACAGGUCUCGGCAAACUAUCCCCAGCUGAUCUACAAGCCCACCAUCUUCUUCGCUUUUGGGUCUCCCAUUGGGAUGUUUCUCACGGUGCGAGGAGUGAAGAGGAUCAACCCCAACUACAGCCUGCCCACCUGCAAAGGCUUCUUCAACAUCUUCCACCCUUUCGACCCGGUGGCGUACAGGAUUGAGCCCAUGAUUGUCCCGGACGUGGAGUUUGAGCCCAUGCUGCUGCCUCACCACAAAGGCAGGAAGAGGAUGCACCUAGAGCUGAAAGAGGGGCUGACGCGCAUGAGCGUGGACCUGAAGAACAACCUGCUGGGCUCCCUGCGGGUGGCCUGGCAGUCCUUCACCCGCGCCCCGCUGCCAGCUGUGGAGGCCGGGAGCACCGACGUGGAGGCAGAGGAGGCCGAGGACAGCGUGGAGAAGCAGACGGGUCCACCAGACGUAAAGCCAGAAGAGCCCCCGCCAGCAGCGAAGGAGGAGGCCUCCCCCAUCAACGUGGGGAGGCUGAACGGAGGGAAUCGCAUCGACUACGUGCUGCAGGAGAAGCCCAUCGAGAGCUUUAACGAGUAUUUAUUUGCACUACAAGGGCACCUCUGCUACUGGGAGUCAGAGGACACGGUCCUGCUGGUGCUGAAGGAGAUCUACCAGACCCAAGGCGUUACACUGGAUCAACCUUUGCCUGGAAGCCAAUGACCUGCCUGGGCUGUUCUGGCCGCCUGACAUAUGAUUCAACCGAGUACUCACCAGGAAAGUCCAGACUUCUUCUCUGCCUUCCUCUCUUCUCUGCUGCUGUGUCCCGCAUGCUGCUUCCCCAGUACUUGCUGCUACCUGGAGAUAAGGACGAUUUUCCUCCGUUUUGGGUAGGGUGAAAAAAAAUAAUUAAAGGAAACCACUUCUGCUCACACACACACACACACAGCACUCACACUGUGACUCCCUGUGCAAUAACUACUCCUCAGCCCUGAGCUGCCUGCCCACCCUGAGGUUCUCUCACCAGCUCUGCAGCACUGAUGCAGACUGGGUGCCUGAGCUAGGAAUUGACAUAGGAGGGGCCUGAACCCUGCUGCGGGCUUAGCGACACGACUGAGAGCUUGCAACCCUGAGAAAUAAAAGCCUUAAACACGCAGCACGGAGAGAGCUCCUGCAGCCUUGCCGAGGGAAGGAGAUGCUGCCUUCUCCUGGGAGGCCGAGGCGCUGCCUUUCUCCCUUCCGCAGCACAGGGCACUGGGCUCACGCUGCAGCCUUUGGGUGGUGCAGACAAGGAGCAGGGGCAUCUGGUAAACAGGUAGGAGGUUGUGUGCCAGCUGUCCUCAUUCCCUUGUCGCUGAUGCUGGGCUGUGUGGGGCAGGAUUGCCCCAUCAACAAGUGGUGAGGGUGGCAUGUUUGUGAGUACCUGACCUACUGAGGCUCCUGCCUGCUCUAACACCGUGGCAGCAGCCUCCCAGCACACCCAGGACCCCCCCAGGCACCGCGUGCGUUUCCCACAGGACCACAGCUAGCAGCUAGGUGUAACCAUGCAUGAGGGAAGUUUUACCUCCAGCUCCCAACUCCAGCUAGGCUGGGGAAAAGCAGCUGCCCCAGGCACUGCGGAGGCCUGGAGGGCCAGCUCCCUCCCGUGCUUUGCAGGGGAUCCCACAGGGAUCUCACGCCAGCCAGGCUCCAGUUGUUGUUUUUGUUUGCAAACACACAAAACUGAAGAAGCAAAAGCAGCUUUGCGUGCAGUGCGGGCUGCAGCUUGCUGCUCUGUUAGCUCUGCUCUAAGGGCAGCGGGGCCAGAGCCCCAGGUGAUCCAUGCCUUGUGACCAAAAUCAUCCAGGCUGACUCACUGCCUGGGCUGGAGCACAGAGCAGGGCAGAGGCAGAUGUUUCGGUGACGUGUAAGGCCAUUGCUUUGAUAAUACGGGACAGCCUUUGGGAAGAGCCAAGCCCCCUUCCCUCCCCCUGACUUUUGCCCUGCAUGGGGUAAUAAGCCUUGUUUCCACAGCCUCGGUUUGUUUGUCCUCUGUUGUACCACGUUAUUUGCACUAUUUGAAAGGUGUUGUUUGCAGCCUCCAACCUCCUCCCACCCCAAAGGGACUGACGCUGUUCUUUUACCUGACGGCAGAAACAGACAUGCUGCUCAGUCGGAGCCUGAAUUACUGAUUGCUAAAGCGUCUCCUACAAGAGUAGGAAAAGGAACAGUCUUAACAUGGGACAUUCAACUCAUGAUCAGCUUUUUAAGUUAUGCACUUUGUUUAAAAAAAAACAAAAAACAGAAAGGAAGAAAAAAAGAAUUUUAAAUGUUAUUUAAUGUCUUUUCCAGUAAAAGCCAACAUAAAUAAAUA